AGUUUUGUGUUAGUCCGUGUUGAACUGCGUGCGCGGUGUCAUCUGUGCGCGUAUCUCACCUGUUAUUUGCGGCACAAUAAUUUAUGUUCUUCUUAAUUCUUCUUCUUAUUAUUAUUACUUUUGUUAUUAUCGCGUCGGAUAUCAUUAUCGACGUCACGUCACGUGAGAUAUAACAACAGCCCGUCACCUAAUAGUGUUGCACGAGGCGUUGGGUUUGUGUUCGCGAUCGUUGCCGAAAGAUUUCUCCCGCGUCGACGGCGGCACGCACGAACACAAUUCAGAAUUAUAAUAAUAAAUCGUUGUAACCGGAAUAAAUUGAAUCGGUAAACAUAAUAAACAGUAACAAUAAGAACCGUACAGGUAUCGGUACCGUUCGAGUCGUUAAUCUCGUCGAUCGUUGUUUUUCUCUCGUGCUCUUUCCCAUCCCCUGUGACUCCGCGAUUGUCGAUCGUACGCGUGUUCGGAUUCAUAAAGCAGUAGAGGUACUACACGCACGAUGAACGGACACGAUCACACCGUGUGCCACGCGCCCACGUCGUAAAUCUCGUGUGCGGGUAUUCUGCGGUUCUUCGAGGACCGCGCUCCAUCGUAACGGUAGCGCACCACCAGUGCACCACCAAUAGUGUAUCAACACCACCUGUGUACAACAUUCCAUUCGUCCGGUUGUCGAGUACCGCCGCAACAUGGAAACGGUGUUCUCGUCCAGUAACGGUGAACGCGCGGACGCCCCCAUGGUCACCGUCACCACCACCACCACCGCCGGCAACGCCAACGCCAACGCCGCAACGGUGCUGGACACCGCUGAACCGCGGAAAUUGCGCGACCGAAACGUCAGGGAAAAAUGUAUUUGGAAUGUCAAACAUAGACCUUUGGUGUUUCUGUUGAUUUUAAUAUUGAUAUCUUCGAUAAUCUGUGCAUUAAUUUAUUCCGAAACCAACACAUUCUACAAGCCUGAAGCUAGAACACUGGCACCUUUAGAGUUUCAAAAUCUUAUGAAAGGUGACUACGAGCCUAAUCGAUUCAACGGAACAUGGAUUUCAGAUGAUGAAAUAUUGAUGAAAGACGCUUAUAAGAAUAUUGUAUUGUUCAAUGUGAAUAGUUCAGACAUAACUGUAUUAGCCAAUAAUUUGACUCGAAAUAUUGAUAAAGUUUUUCAGUACGAUUUAUCUGCUGACAAAGAAUAUCUCCUUUUGGCUUAUCACUAUAGAAAGGUUUAUAGACAUUCGUUCAUAGCUCACUACGAUUGUAUUGUAAUUAAGACAGGAGAACAAUUCACUUUGCAAACUAAUGGACAACCCUGGAAUUUACAGUUGGCUAAGUGGUCGCCCACUGGUCACGGUUUAGCGAUUGUAGAGCUGAACGAAGUAUAUUACAUACACGAUGUGUCUAAUUUUACUAAUAUGUUGCAAUUUUCAAUCACUGGUAGUUUUGGAUCGUACAAUGGCAUUCCUGACUGGGUAUAUGAGGAGGAAAUUUUUAGUUCAAAUAGUGCCAUGUGGUUUUCUAAACAAGGAAGUUAUAUAGCGUACGCAUCAUUCAACGAUACCCAAGUACCAACGAUGCAAAUACCUUUAUAUGGUGUACCGGGUAAUCUAAAAUAUCAGUACACUAAAAUUGUUGGUGUUCAUUACCCAAAAGUCGGUGUUCCUAACCCAAUUGUACAAUUGUUCGUUGAAAGUAUUAAAAAGUCAAUAUCUAAACCUAUACCUGUUGAUCCACCAACCGAAUUGACCUCGGUCAGUACAGAUAUUAUUUUGAAUACCGUUGUAUGGUCGGAUGAUACAAAUUUAUUUGUUAUAUGGAUGAAUCGAGUGCAAAAUACUUCAUAUUUAGUGCAUUAUUUAGUGACUGAAGAUUUUGCUGAAAACAAAAUGGUUGUGACAUUCAGUCAACGUGGUGGUUGGUUAGAUUUUACACAAAUACCAUUGGUCGACGACAAAAAUCGUCUGGCUAUAAUAUAUCCUGUACAACAAUUCGAUGGAGAUAUGUUUAAGCACAUCGUAAUAGUGGAAUCUGAUAGCCAUUUAGUACCGCUGACGAGUGGAAAAUUCGAAGUCAUUGAACUGCUAAAAUGGGACAUCCAAUCUAAUUACAUAUAUUAUUUGGCUAACAAAGAGGAGAACCCCGAGGAACAGUAUUUAUAUCGAACGCAGGUCAAAGAAAAUAGCAUUCCGGAGUGCUUGUCAUGUAAGGAAAGCUGUAAAUUUAGCAAAGCAGAGAUGAGCACUGAAAAUAGUCAUUACGCACUUCUAUGUCUUGGACCAAACAUACCGGAAGUCAAAAUAUUUAAAACGACUGGAGAAAAAAUACUGGAUUGGGAAAUGAACACGGAAGUUAAAUAUAUGUUAUCCACUAUAUCACUUCCACGGAUAUCUUUCAUCGACGUACCAAUUGCGGGUACUAAAUUCAGCGCUCGUGUUAGACUCAUUAUACCACCAUCUCUCGAUCAAAUCUCGGAUGUAAAAUAUCCAAUGCUGGUCAACACUUAUGCCGGACCCGGAUCAAAUUUAGCGUUGAACAAGUUUGCAGUAGAAUGGAACACAUACUUUAGUUCAAGUAAUAAUGUAGUCAUAGCUCAAAUUGAUGGCCGUGGAUCAGGGAGGAAGGGCAAUAACAUGUUAUUCGCUAACUACAGAAAAUUGGGUACAUAUGAAAUCGAGGAUCAGAUAUACGUUGCAAGUUAUCUUCAAGAUCAUUUUUCAUUCAUCGAUAAAUCAAAAACGGCUAUUUGGGGCUGGAGUUAUGGUGGUUACACCACCGGAAUGGUGUUGACAAAAGACAAUAACAAUAUAUUCAAAUGUGGACUGUCUGUUGCUCCUGUUACCGAUUGGAUAUACUAUGAUACGAUUUAUACCGAACGUUAUAUGGGUCUGCUCUCAGAUAACAUGGAUAAUUACAAAAAUGCCAGUCUAUUAACCCACGCGGAAAAAUUCCGCAACAAAAAAUACAUGGUGAUACAUGGCACUUAUGACGACAAUGUACAUUAUCAACAGUCAAUGAUGCUUUCCUAUGAAUUAGAACGAAGAGUAAUACUUUUCAGACAGCAAAGUUAUCCAGAUGAAUCGCAUGGUUUGUCAAGCGUUCGCAACCAUGUAUAUCAAACAAUUAGUGCAUUUUUGUUGGAUUGUUUCCACGAUAAGUUGUGAUCUCAAAUAAUCAUUUUUAACAAAUUUUUUUCAUAUUCAUAUUAUAUCACUGCUGUAUUUGAAUUAUUAGAAUAUUGGUUGAUCAUCAUAACCAAUGGAUAAAAACUUCAGUUUAAUAAUGUUUUUGUUUUUAACGAA